AUGCUCAAUCAGCAAGCUGAGCUGAUUACAGCCUCUAUCAUGGUGAGGCCAGUCUGCCUAUGUCGUGUUGAAUAUGCUGAUCCAACUCCUUCAGAAGAUGAGGUGAAGAUGCCUGCAGUGAUCUCUAACCUGCUGCCAGCAACCAACUCUGAGGAAUUGCAACUGGGGAGAUUGAAUCUCAAAUGUCAAAAAAUUGAUUUAGAACUUCAAAAAGAGAGGUGCAAAGAAUUGCAGCUUCAACUUCAAUUGAAGAGGCUCUACACUCAGAAUGACAGAGCUGUGAUGCCCACAAAUCCACUAGUGGGUUGA